GAAGGAUCUCGAUUGAAAUCAGAAGCUUAAUGGUUUGUAUAUUAAUCAAACAACAAUGUCUGAAGAAAUCAGAAAAAGGCUUGAUUUUCCUAACACACUUAUACAGUCACAGGCUGUGGGCCAUCUUAUUGCUGCAGUGCUGAAAGAAAAUGUUUUAUCUAACAAGAUCAGCCAGUCCAGUAACCAGACCCCGGCGUUAAACUUGCUCUGGGAAAAGUCCUGCAGUGACAAUAUGGUUGUCCGAGCAGCCUGCUGUGAGGCUCUGGUGAUGCUCGUUAAGCAAGAUCAUGCAGAAUUUGGCUAUGUUCUUAACACAGCGCUCAGCCUCAUUCCUUCAGCCAGGAAUGUCCAUGGCUUGAUAAAAAUCAUUGUAAAGCUAUUACAGAUGCAAGCCUUGAAGACAUCAAAAAGUGAAGAACAACAAAAGCUGGACUUAUAUGCAAUCAGAAAUUCUCCUCACCCACUAAUAAUUACACUUGAAAACAGACCUGACUGCUGGCCAUUCCUUCUUCAGCACAUGACUACAUUUUUCCAGCAAUGUCCAGAAGGGGCAGAAAGUGUAUGUGUCACUAUAAUGAGGCCAUUUCUAAGGUAUCUGUAUUGCGAACCUUACCAGUUGCGGGAACAUGCAGAAUUACGUAUGAGCCUGCUCAGAGUCUUGCUUCAGCCAUACGGGCCUUUGAACAAAGAGGAACCCCCUGUCCUUGAAUGCCAUCUCCUUCAGCUUUUUUGUGACUUGGUUCCAUAUUAUCAGGUAAAAGAUGCUCUACAGAUCACAGAAGCACUGCUUUUUCUGGAGGAAUUAUUUCGGAGUCUGCUGCGCUACCCCAGUUUUUGGAAGACACAAUUAUGUCAUCUUUGUCUGCAGCUUCUGGUUUUCUGUGAGGUUAGCCUGCAGGCCACAGGGGAAUGUUCAUCUUUAAUUGGCUUAAUGGAGGAAAAUGUUGAGCUUCUGAAAGAGGGUUUUCCAUUUCAGAUGGCCAUCAUUGGAUUAGGUGUGCUCCUGCUGCAAAUUCCAGCUAGUCAGCAAAAACCUAUCUUAAACCUAGCCGUCAAGCUACUUUCAUGUUCUGAAAUCAAGAUGACUCCAUCGGUGGCUCUCAUCUUAGUGAUGCCUGCAUUGCAGAUAUUAUCAUCCACAGCUGUCCAGGACAACAUGACUGAGGAGAAUGACAGCAUAACUAGGCAGCAAUUAGCCAUUAAUCUUCUGGAGAUGGUACAGCGGGAAGAGCUGAAAGAGCAGCACUCGGUCUCUUGGGAGCACUUCUUCCCCAUAAACAGUACCUAUGGUUCAUUGCAUGUCACUUGGCAACUCCUUUGGCUUUUGAGAGACAAGACCUCCAUGUCUGAUUGGUUAUUUUCUGUUAAAUCAAUGCUUCCUAUUGCAACUCAAGUCUCUGUCCAUAUCCUCCUCCUGGUGGCUUAUCUCUUCAUUCAAGAGAAUGGAGAUAAUCUUCAUGAUGUACUGGAUACCACCAUAGAAAUUGCAAAGGCGGAUUCAUCCCAGGUGCCAAAUCUGAUUCCAGUUCUGAUGUUUAAGUUGGGAAGACCAUUGGAGGCCACACUCUGCCGGGACAUCUUGUAUACUUUACCUGCUUUGGGUGUUCAUAAGGUCUGUGUUGCACAGAUUUUACGUGUGCUGCAGGUGUUAGGAAACACGCCAAAACUUCAAGCUGUUACAUUACGACUGAUGACAUGUUUAUGGGAGAAACAGGAUCGAGUUUAUCCGGAACUACAGAGAUUCAUGGCAAUGUCUGAUAUGGCUUCAUUAUCUGUUAGUAAAGAUACUCAGUGGGAAAAGGUGAUUGCCAAAGCUGCUUCUAUCAGAGAUAUAUGCAAGCAAAGGCCUUACCAACAUGGAGCAGAUAUGCUGGCUGCAAUUUCCCAGGUACUGAAUGAAUGCACAAAACCUGACCAAGCCACACCUGCUGCCUUAGUCUUACAAGGACUUCAUGCACUUUGUCAAGCUGAGGUUGUUUGCAUUCGCUCUACAUGGAAUGCGCUCUCACCCAAACUGAGCUGUGAUACCCGGCCACUUAUUUUAAAAACACUCAAUGAACUGUUCUCUCUUGUCCCUUCACUAAUGGUGAAUUCAAGUGAAUAUGAGAAAUUUAAAGCUCAAGUUGUCAGUUUCCUGUGGAACCACACACAGAGCAAGGAUUCUCUUGUAGCCAUCUCUGCAUACAAAUCUCUCUCUGAAUUUGAUUCUGAAGAAUACACCAUCCUCCAUCUUCCUGAACAGGCAAGGCCAGAAUUGGAUCAACAAAAAGUGGAUGUAGAGGAAGAGGAGGGGGAGGAAGAGGGAGAGGCAGACUUGUCUGUCCCUGGCCACUCAUAUAUCAAACUGUUGUUGCUCACUCCUCCUCCUGUUUUACCAGCUUUUGAAGAGUUUGCAGCAUCGCUUAUGAAAGAAGAGAUGGUUAACAUGCCUCGUGGAAUAUACCAUUCUGCACUGAGAGGUAAUGCUGUGCGGUCAGACCACGGGAAGACACUAUCCAGCGUUCCAAACUUUAUGCUGAAAAUGUAUGAGAGGAACAAGCAGCCGGGGCUGAAACCUGGCCUUGCAGCUGGCAUGUUGCUGAGUUAUGACCUUCCAAUCCAUGUGGGCAAAGAUGGCAAACCCAUCAAUCGAUUUUUAGCCAGUAGGGGGCGAAACUUCCACCAGAUGUUUAUAGCUCUCAUCCAUGAGGUUAACAUUCAGCCUUCAGAAUGGCAUCACUCUUUGUUGCUGCCUCAUUCCUGGGCUGGAUUUAUGGAGAGAGCAUACCACGCAAUUUUACAAGGAAGGCAAGCUGAAUUGGAGAUGCAGUUAAAGCAUGGAAAAGAAAAACUAGAACAAGUGCAAUACAAGCAAUUUACAGCCUGGCUCUGGGUUAGAGAUAUGCUAACUGAUGCAAUCAAAGGGGCUUCCAAGGAAAGCCCAGUGGUUAAAGGGAAUUGCCUUCUAGCAUUAACAGGCCUUGCAGUUGUUGUUGCAAAACAUGAAAAAGAACUUUCUUCGGACACUGAAGAACAAUUUGAUACUGAGCCAGACUUUCUUCUGACAAAACACUGGAUUUCCAUGGUGAUCGAUACCCUCCUCAGCAUUGUAGACAGUCACUAUUGCCCCAAGGGUCGAAUCUUCCCUUGGUUUUAUCAGAAAUCCUACUCUGGUGAAAAUACCGCAAGUGCUAUUGCUCGUUCCUGUGCAGCAACCUCUUUGUCUCUCUUGGUGCCGGUUUUUAUUGUAUCCUACAAGGAAAGGGUUGAGGAAGUCCUGAAUUUACUGAUUGCCAUGUUACCUGGGAAACCAAAUGCAGAUGAGUCUCAGGCUGUUCAAAUCCACAUGAGCCUUGCAUUGGGGAUGUUUAUUUCACGGUUAUGCGAAGAGAAAGUCAGUGAUGUAGCUGACAAACAAAUGAAUCUCCUGUUGAUGAAGUCCCUGGUUGCAUUAGAAGAUUGCUGCUUCGACACAAGUCUUGAGUACAAUACUGGCUGUAUCUUGGGGGUAGGACUUGUUCUGUCACUGAUGAAUCACAGCAGCUUGACAGAUUCUGAAGGUCACAUCGCUACCUCCCUGCAAAAGCUUUGCAAAUACUUGGAUGAUGCAGAAGACCAAAGCCGAACAUUACAGGAAAGCCUUGCCUACACAAUUGCCUGUGUCUGUGUUUCCGCUUUCAGCAUUAGGAUUGUUGAGGCUACAGAGGCUGAGGAGGUGAUGAACAAGCUGCAGAGAUUAGCAGAAAUGAAUCAGCAGACACCAGGUUUUGCCUUAGCUUUGGGGAGCCUUGUUCAUGGACUGUCUGUAUGUGGACAUGGGAAAGCAGAAGUUCUCAGCAAUAGGCUGUUUCCUGCCUGGAUGAAAACUGUACUUGCCGAGGGAGCCACUACAAUGCAAAGGCUUGCCGCAGUCAAUGGGUUGGUCUCUCUAGUGGGUUCUGAAAGCACCAUGAUACAGCUGAAAUCAGAAGCUAUCCAGUCUUCUCAGUUUCAAAGCAAACUCAAUGAAAUCAUCCGAACCCUGACUCAGAUAAUCAGCUUUUCUGGGGUGAUAGGCCUUCAGGUAAAUGCAGCAUGGAUGUUAGGACAUUUGUAUCUUUCUAGUGUGUCUGCAACCCGCAGCCGAACAUCUGUUCCUUCAGACUUUAGCUACCUCCCUGAGAAAAGUUUCCUUAGAGCAGCCAUUGAUUUUAUUAUAGAAGGUGGAAAGAAAGGGCCCGAACAAGUUCAUCCUAGCUUCCUAAAGGCGGCCAUGGCACCCAUGGCACUGAUUGGAGGAAGCUAUCAAUAUCCCCCUCUGAACUGGGCAUCAGUUCUUGCCCCUCUGCUGCGGCUGGAUUUCGGAGAAGAAAUACAGGAGUCAUGCAUUGAACUAGCUGUGACCCAGGCCCAAUCAUCUCAGAAUGCAGCAAUGAUUCUAGGGAUGUGGGUGGCACCACCUCUGGUCUACAGUCUAAGUGUACAAGCCAAGAAGUACCUUUUCACUUCCUUACCUCUGUGGAUGAAAUAUGUAGCAGAAGACAAACAGCAGUUCUUCACUGAAGUCUUUAUGGUGCAGCAUUUUGAGACAAAGAACCAGCCAAAAAACCGAGACCUUUGCUGGAAUAUUUUGCAGGGACUCAGCCAAGCCAUGAAAUUUCCUAGCCCAACUCAGCACAGCUGGAGUUGUUUUUGCAAGACUGCUGGGAAGAUAUUUGAGCUUUUGCCAGAUGAGAUUUGGCAAAAUGAUGUAAAGAUGUACAUACAUGCAGCAAAAUGUCUUUCGGAAAUGGUUGAUACAGAAAUUGAACAGAUUACAGAAGUCUCAAAGAGCAGUUUGGAAAAGGUUGCAUUUGUCAGAGUUUAUUUAGUUUCUCAAGGCAGAUUUCCUUUACUGAGAUGGAAUGAUGUGAUUAGUAUUGCGGCUGGGUGCCAACAGGAAGAAACCAUUGUGUGGAUGCUGCUGAACAGCUUUUACCACGCACGGAUCCUGAGCCAUGAAAACACUGGAGUUUUAAAAAGAAUGGAGUGGCUCUUGGAACUGAUGGGAUAUAUUAGAAAAGGUUCCUUAAAUACAACAGCUAUGCAAAAUGUUUCUCCCCAAGAGGCUGUCAGCUUCCUGUUGUGGAUUUUCGCCGCUUGUGUGGUUGCCUGGGCUGAUCAUGCUAUGCCGAUGCUACUUGGCCUUACUGCAGAUUGGUCUGCCUGGCCGAGCGAAGCAACAGAUGGAGUCUUUGCACAUGGCUUAGGCAAGCGUCCAGUGGAUACUUUGGCAGUCAAGGAGAUACUCACCCUCCUUCCAGGUAGUUUGCAAAUUCUCUUGGCCAAAGAGCCUUGGAAAGAACAAACACCAAAGUUUAUUGACUGGCUGUUUAGCCUAAUGGAGAAUGCUAAUGAAACACUGACCCAGUCUUCCAGAGAUCUUUUGAAAGCUUCUUUGUUGGCCCUGAGAUCUCUCCCAGAGUUCAAGAAGAAAGCAGUAUGGACAAAAGCUUAUGGCUGGUAGGGAUCCCGAAGAAGCAGAUAAUGUAUCUGCUGGCGAUACAUGUCUAGCCAAAAAGCUUUUACGCUGUGGAAUGUUAAGGAGCUUCUGCUCCAGAUAGGCUGUUAUCUUUCCUGGGUAAAAGUACUUAAAGACUCUGCCUGUAUGAGCAUGUACCAUUUGUUCUAUUGACAAAAAGCAAAGGAGGAAGGAAGGGAUUUAAAUCUAAUAGUUUCCUAUUAGGAAGUAGGAAUUGGGUAAGAAAGUUUAAACAAGGCAAGAUUUCAUGGAAGGGUGGACAGUAAUGGGUUUGACAACUUCACUGUGGCAAGAUUAAAAAUAUUGCCUUGAAAAAUUGA